UAAUUUAUGAUAGCCCAUGAUAAAAACUAAAUAACAACACGUGAUUUUUAGUCAACAAUUUUGUAACGUUUUAUAGCAUUUGUUUUAAAUAUUCUUUCGUAAUAAUAUAGUAUUACGGAAAAUUUCUAUUGAAAUAUAAUGGGUAAAAAACGAAGGCGCACUGACGAAGAUACUGAAUUUGAUUUAACCAGGAAAGCCAAAGAAGUAAAGGACGACAAUGAAAAACGUUUAAUUGUUAUCUUAGAAAAUGCACAGUUGGAAACUGUUAAGGUAGGAAAAACAUUUGAACUAUUAAACCCUGAUGAACAUGGUCACAUAUUACGAAAACACGGCAGGGAGUUAGGAAAUUGUAGACCUGAUAUUACUCAUCAAUGUCUGUUGAUGUUAUUCGAUAGUCCGUUGAAUCGAGCUGGUUUACUGCAAGUGUAUAUACAUACUGAAAAUAAUGUUCUAAUUGAAAUCAAUCCACAAACAAGAAUACCAAGAACGUUCAAACGUUUUGCUGGAUUGAUGGUUCAAUUAUUACAUAAAUUUAGUGUAAGGGCAGCUGAAACUUCUGCCAAAUUAAUGAAAGUAAUUAAAAACCCAAUCACCGAUCAUCUACCAGCAGGUUGCCGGAAAAUAGCCACAUCAUUUUCAGCUUCAAAACCCAUUAAACCAACAGAACUAGUUAUUCAAGAUGCUCCAAUUGCUUUUGUUAUCGGUGCAAUGGCUCAUGGACAGAUUAAAGCUGACUAUGCGGAAGAAACGGUGGCAAUAAGUAAUUACCCACUAUCAGCAGCUCUAACAUGCACCAAAAUAUGUUCAGCUUUUGAAGAUGGCUGGGGUAUAUUAUAAUAUGUGUGAUCAUAUUUUUUCCUAUUAUUUGGUCAAAAUAUUUACUGCAAACUUAUUACGAAAGGAUAAAGUUAUUAUAUUAAAUAAAUACCUAUUAAAUUAUAAAAA